AGGGGCACAGGCACGAGCGGAACGAGAUUGUGGAGGACUGCGAAUGCCCAAGUGCUGUGAGAAGAGCUUGUGAGAACUGGGGUAGGAGCCCAGGGGGCCAAGUAGGCAAAGGCCACUGCCAAGGCGGCCAUCUAGUAAACAACCCAGGCGGUAACCCGAGUCCCUCCGGGCGCACCAUCAGAGGAUGGCCCCUCCACGCCGCCAGCCUUCGUCCUGCGCCCAGGGAGCCUUCGCCCUGGGCACCUAGACGCGUUGCUGCCGAAGCCGGGUGCCUCCCGCGGCCAGUCAGGGGACUGCAAGCAAAGGGGGCAGCGCCCACGGCUCCUCCCCUCCUCUCUAGGCCUGGGGACGGGCCAGAACCUAUUCCCCGAGCCCUGAUUGGCUUUGGGAGGCGGCGUAGAGCCAGCUCCCUGCAGCCGGGGCUGGGGGCGUCGCCCCAAAUGGCACCCACCGCCCCCAGGCUCUGCCAAUCCCUGGGCACGCCCGGCGGACGCGCGGGGGUUGCCCCCGCCCCUCCUGCCUGUCAGCGUCACGCGUGACGUUACGCGUGAUGGGUUGGGGGGGCGGAGGCAGGGGCGACGCGCCGAGAGAAAGGCGGGUCCGGGAGCUGCAGAGGCCAGAAGCCCAGGAGCUCGGCAAAGCAAAAUGGGGGAGUUGCCCUUAGAUAUCAAUAUCCAGGAACCUCGCUGGGACCAAAGCACUUUCCUGGGCAGAGCCCGGCACUUCUUCACCGUUACUGACCCCCGAAAUCUGCUGCUGUCUGGAGCACAGCUGGAAGCUUCCCGGAACAUCGUGCAGAACUACAGGGCCGGCGUGGUGACGCCAGGGCUCACUGAGGACCAGCUGUGGAGGGCCAAGUAUGUGUACGAUUCUGCUUUCCAUCCGGACACGGGGGAGAAGGUGGUCCUGAUUGGCCGUAUGUCAGCCCAGGUGCCCAUGAACAUGACCAUCACUGGCUGCAUGCUCACCUUCUACAGGCAGACCCCGACCGUGGUGUUCUGGCAGUGGGUGAAUCAGUCCUUCAAUGCUGUUGUUAAUUACUCCAAUCGCAGCGGCGACGCUCCCAUCACUGUGGGGCAGCUGGGAACAGCUUAUGUGAGUGCCACCACUGGGGCCGUGGCCACAGCCCUGGGACUCAAAUCCCUCACCAAGCACCUGCCCCCCCUGGUGGGCAGAUUUGUCCCCUUUGCAGCUGUGGCAGCUGCCAACUGUAUCAACAUCCCCCUGAUGAGGCAGAGGGAACUGCAGGUGGGCAUCCCAGUGACUGAUGAGGAAGGUCAGAGACUUGGCCACUCAGUGGCCGCUGCCAAGCAGGGAAUCUUCCAGGUGGUGAUAUCAAGAAUCUGCAUGGCCAUUCCUGCCAUGGCCAUCCCCCCGGUGAUCAUGGACACUCUGGAGAAGAAAGACUUCCUAAAGCGUCGCCCCUGGCUGGGAGCGCCCCUGCAGGUGGGACUGGUGGGCUUCUGCCUGGUAUUUGCCACCCCCUUGUGCUGUGCCCUCUUCCCCCAGAGAAGCUCCUUACAUGUGAGCAGGCUGGAGCCAGAGCUGAGAGCUCGGGUCCGUGAGCAAAACCCCAGCAUCGAAGUGGUUUACUACAACAAGGGGCUUUGAGGGAGGGUCAGCCCCUGGACCCCUCCCUCACCUCCUUGGGCUGCUGCUUUGGUGGAGCCUUGCCAUCCCUGCCACUUGCCCCUCUUCCUGGUACCGGGCGGGGGCUUGGUGGGGGAGCAGCCAUUGAGACCAGCAAUCCAUAGGUUGAGAGGUGCCCCCGUUAAGCCUUUUUCUCUCCUCUCUGGUUUCAAAGAGCAGGGCCACAUAACCCCUUUCUCCUGUGCUCCUAUGUUAAUGUAUGUACACACAUGAUACGUGUGUACGUGUGUGUGUACAUGCUGUCCUAGAAGCUAGGAACGGACGUGCUGUCCUAGGAUGUCCUGAUAAUCUGGCUUCUCCUCUCGGCCUCUUGCCACCUGUCAGCCAGCCAGGCGGCAGGACUUCCCUGCCUAAACAGUUCCACUGGCCAAGUCAUUUCUGACAGCACCUCGAGGGCCCCUUCUGGACACAGGAGUAGCCAGGAUCUCUGAACAGAGACUGAGGGAUACUAGCAGGCCAAACGGGCCCGACUCCUUCCGACUUUUGCUUCCUGGCUCCCAGGAACUGGGCUGGCAGAGAAAGACAUAUCAGGGUAAGGGAAACGGGGAGUUUGUGCACCCCCCCCCCACAUCCUGAAAGAGCUCAUUUCCUCUCCUCUCCUCUGUCAGAACAAAGGGGUGGCAUCCUGUACCACUCUCGCCAUCCUCCCAUCGCCCCCACACUGCAGUGUGGACAUCUUUAGGUACAUUCUUAGGAGUUCUUGGUCUGCUCUGACAUCAUAAACUCAAAUCUACACCGAUAGUCCCAACCCAAACCAAAAAGCCAUGGAGGCAGAGCAAGCAUUCCCCCUUUAAGAGCUCCCAGAGCCCCCUCUUGCAGAGGGACACAGCUGUGGGAAUGGUGCUUAACCUCAGAUACCACAGGUAUCUGAGUGGAGACAACUAGCACACCCUCAAGGGCAACUAGGCCCUGAGUGUACAAUCUUAAGACAGGAAAUUCUGUGUUCUCUUGACUCUUGUUAGACAUUCAGCAGAACCCUGACCUUAACUCCUCUUUUUUGAGGCUUGGCCCUGCUCCUACCUCCACUCCCACCCCCAUCUCCCAAGAGGAAGAAGGGCCCAGGCAUCCAUAGCUGGUCCAAAGGGCAGGUAGGCUUGGGAAUGGAAGGUAUGGCGUUACACUCACAGGGUACAGAGCUUGACCUUGACUCCAACUCCCAUGAGCUCUAGCUGAAGCAGUGGGUGGUGCGGACGAAGGCCCCAGUGGGAUCCUCUAAGAGCAUUUGUGUGCUCCCCCAACUAUCUGCUACCACUGACUAAAACUAUGAUGCCAUUGUUACUCAAUAAACUAAAAACCGAUCUA